GCUGGUUUUGACAGAUCUCUCGUGUGACCACCUGUGCCUGUCAUCCUGAUGCGGAUCCCUGUACCUUUUGAACUGUAGGCGUGUGCCAUGAAGUUGGAGUGACGAGAUAGAUAAGGUCGGUAACUGUUCUUGGAUUAUUUUCAACGCACGUUUUUGUUUGCUUUCCAUGAUUUUGGUUUCAAUCAUGAUUUAAAGAUGUACAUUAGUUCACACCAAGACAGCGGUGGUGAUCAGCUGUGGUAUCUCUAGGUCAUCGACGCGUGCAUCCACUUAAAAGUGGGGAAGUGAUAAAAACCGUAUUGCGUUUAAGGAGACACGCGAACUCCUGGUUUCACAUAUUCUUGUUAGCCUAUAGCGUUUACGCAGUCGUAUUAUAUAACUUAAUCUAAAGUAUUCAAGAGAACAAAACACGCCGGAUGAACUUGGAAUAACUUGUCAAGCUUUUUAAUCGCACAGGAACAUCGGCAUCCCUGUCCUACUGAAAAGAGAGAUGAUGGAUGCCCCAGCGGAACCCCGGUGGAUGAUGCAUGCUCAUCAUUCAGCCAUGAUGGGCACCUCUGAUUCGGUGUCUCCUCAUGCAGGUCUGGGACAUCAUAGUUCGGGCUAUAUGGAGCCAGGUGCCCCAUUAUUACAACCAGACGAGGUGGAUGUAUUUCUCAGCCAUUUGGACUCUCAGGGAAACCCCUACUAUCAUACACACGGGUCCCGUGCACGGAUGUCUUACAGCCAGACGCAUGCACGCCUUACGGGUGGCUCAAUGUGUCGACCUCACCUUAUCAACACUCACGGUCUUCCUUUACUGGACAACAGCAAAUCGACCUUUUCUACAGCUCAGCACCACGGCUCAUGGACCGUCAGCCACCUGGGCAAAGCGGUUCUGCAUUCAGCAGGCGCCGAAUCCUCCAACGGCCUGUACGCAGGCACCGGUGCGCCGGCCUCGGGUCCGAUGCCGUGCCUGUCGAUGACGCAACACUGCAGCGCACAGCUCUACUGCCUGCCGCCCACCCCGCCCAAAGAUGUGUCCCCGGACCCGGCCUGUGCCGCGGUGAGGGAUGCCGGGAAGUACCAUCUCCAUCUAGUCGACGGGAUGAAGAUGGAGUGCUCCAGUCCAAUCCGUAGCAACCCGCAUCUGGCGCAAACGACAACCCCUAUACCUUCAUAUCCCGAUUACUCAGUAGCCGGAGCGCACGAGUAUCCCGCCAGUGUGUUCCACUCCAGAAAUCUGCUCGGAAACAUGACGACAAAAUGCAAAAGUAAAAACCGCGCUUUCUCUGGACGUGAAUGUGUAAAUUGUGGAGCUACGUCGACUCCUCUGUGGCGGAGAGAUGGCACAGGUCAUUAUCUGUGUAAUGCAUGUGGACUCUACCACAAGAUGAAUGGGCAGAACAGACCUCUCAUCAGACCCAAGCGCAGACUGUCAGCAUCUCGACGAGCAGGCACCUGUUGUGCCAACUGCCAGACUGGGACCACCACACUCUGGAGACGCAAUGCCAACGGAGAACCCGUCUGCAAUGCCUGCGGUCUAUACUACAAACUACACAAUGUGAAUCGCCCACUUACUAUGAAGAAGGAUGGUAUUCAGACACGCAACAGGAAGAUGUCUGGCAAAUCUAAGAAGAGGAGAGGAGAACACUUUCACCAGUUUGACAGUUGUGUGCACGACAAACCAUCCUCCUUCAGCCACAUGGCUAACAUUCACCACCCAUUCAAUAUGACUCCGCAAAUACAAUUACAUCCUGCAUUCAGUCACAGCAGCUUAGUCACUGCUAUAGGCUGAGAGACACCUGUAGAAGACAACACUUACUGUCUCCAUUCUUUGGUUUUACUGUACAGGACAUUUCAUUAACAUUUCAGAUGUUUAUUAUGCAAGGUUCAAAAUUUGGUCUCGAUUUUAAAAAGAUGCACUUUAUUUUGUGGAUUUAUGAAAUGUGUUUUAAGCCAACAUAGAAUCCGAUCGCAGUACACCAAGAGUUUUGCUAAUUAGGUAAUUUUUAAUAAAUAUUUAUUCAAGUAUAGUCUCAACUUUCAUGCGUGAUUAUGUCAUUCAUCCGACUGCACUGUUAUGGAACUGUGAAGAAGGAAGAAGCCCCAUAUUUUAACUAUAAUAUAAUUUUCAAAACAUUUGUAAUUGUCUUUAAUUUAUUUUUCAGAUCUCUUAUUUUCAAGCUUUAUGUCAACUAGUAUCAACAUCAAUAGAAAGUUACACUAUCCUUAGUUUCUGUAUACACAUGUAACACUCAGAAGAAACUUUUUUUAAUUGUACAUUUAUUUUGAAAUUUUAGUAAAUAAAUGAUUGUAAAACUGUCUGUUGGAUUACA